GCUGCGCAGCGCUCUAUGGCGGAAGGGGCGGGGCCGCACCGAGUUGCCGCGGCCGGCGACAUGGAGGCUCGCGGCGGCCCUAUCCCCCCGGCCGGCUCGGCGUUGCCCUGGGGACGACUCGCGGCCUGGCUGGACUGCGUCUGCGCCGUGACCUUCGACCUCGAGCUGGGGCAAGCCAUAGAGUUCGUGUACCCGCCGGAUUGCGUCCUGGCCGAGAAAGAGAAGACCAGCAUCUGCUACUUGUCCUUCCCGGACUCCUAUUCAGGCAGCCUAGGAGAUACCCAGUUCAGUUUUCGCUUCCGUCGCUCAGGAGGGCAGCGAAGUGCUUUGUUUGGAGAUUACUUUGAGUAUAACAGGGAAGUUCCAGUAUCCUUACAGCGAGAGUCAGCUUAUUACUUUGGCUAUGUGUACUUCCGGCAAGUCAAGGACAGCUCCAUGAAAAGAGGCUAUUUUCAGAAGUCGUUGGUCCUGGUUUCCCGCCUCCCCUUUGUGAAUCUCUUCCAGUCUCUCCUGCAGCUCAUUGCUCCCGAGUACUUUGAUAAGCUGGACCCGUGCCUGGAGGCAGUGUGCAGUGAGAUCGACCAGUGGCCGCCCCCGGUGCCCGGCCAGAUGCUGAGCCUCCCGGUGAUGGGUGUUGUCAUUCAGGUGAGGAUUCCCUCCCGAGUGGACAAGCCUGGCUCCAACCCUGCGAAGCCGUCCAAUCAGGAGAACAACUUGCCGGCCCCGCUAGUUCUGUCAAGCAUCCAUGAACUGGAUCUCUUCAGGUGCUUCCAGUCGGUGCUGAUCCACGUGCAGACGCUGUGGGAGCUGAUGCUGCUUGGCGAGCCCGUGGUUGUCAUGGCCCCAUCGCCGGCGGCUUCCUCCGAGAUGGUGCUGGCCCUGACCAGCUGCCUGGCCCCUCUGAAGUACUGCUGUGACUACCGCCCAUACUUCACCAUCCACGACAGCGAGUUUAAAGAAUACACCACGCGGACCCAGGCCCCGCCGAGGGUGGUUCUCGGCGUCACCAACCCCUUUUUUGUCAAGAUGCUGCAGCACUGGCCACAUGUGCUUCGCCUUGGGGACCUCAAGAUGGCUGGGGACCUGCCUAAGCAGGUCAAGAUGAAGAAACCUGCCAAGCUGAAGUCUCUGGAGGCCAAGCCCGGACUGUACACGUCCUACAAAACGUACUUGCAGAAGGACAAGACCCUGAUCAAGAGACUCCUGAAGGGCAUCCAUAAGAAGCGCUCCUCAGAGGCCCUGAGCGCCCUGCUGAGGUGCCACCUCCUGGAGCUCACCCAGAGUUUCAUCAUCCCCCUGGAGCAGUACUUGGCGAGCCUCAUGCCCCUGCGAAGGACCAUCUCCCCAUGGAAGAAUCCCCCUCAGAUCCGUCCUUUCCAUCAGGAGGACUUCCUCAAGACCCUCGAACACGCUGGGCCCCAGCUCACCUGCAUGCUGAAGGGGGACUGGAUGGGCCUGUACAGGCGCUUCUUCAGGUCACCCAACUUUGACGGCUGGUACCGGCAGCGGCACAGAGAGAUGGUGCGCAAACUGGAAGCCCUGCACCUGGAGGCCAUCUGCGAGGCGAACAUCAGAGCUUGGAUGAAGGACAAGUCAGAGGUGGAGGUGGUCGACCUCAUACUGAAGCUUCGGGAGGAGCUGAUGCGGGCCCGGUGCCACCUGCUUCCCGUGAAGGAGGAGACCCUGCAGCGGGUGGAUCAGUACAUCACCACCAUCGUCGGGUCUCUCCCAGAAGAUCUCCAGGCUGUCCUGUGCCACCAGCCUCCGCUGGAUCCUUUGGGUGCUUCCUGAGUCCUCAGCUUGUGCAGCAGGACUGGCUGGGAGGUCUCUGUGCUGCCCCACGUCUCGUCUCCGGAGUGUGGAAGAGGGGAGAGCGCCACCUGACGUGCCGCUGGGUGACCCAGGAGGGCAGCAUGCUGGGGUGCCGCCUGGACUAGCACCUUCUUUUUGGCCUGUAUGGGGUGCUGGGGAGCAGCCCCUCAAAAGGAGCGUGUGUUCAUGUGUGUGUACAUGUACCUGCUGUGCAGUGAUCCAUUGCGUUCCCAAGAUAAGCUAGUAAAUGUUCCUUUUUUAGAAGUG